CUUUCACCAUUUCCUCUGCUCUUUUCCCACUCUCUCUCUCUCUCUCUACACACACACACUCUUCCUCUACAAGACUACAAUGGCAUCUCUCUUCCGAGACAGAUCAUUACUCGGUCAAUCCAAGCGAGACAUGACCGGCACCACCAGCUCCCGCUUCGCUGCCACCACCGCCACCAUAAUCACCUCCUCCCCUCUCCCCUCCCCAUUCGGCGACCUAACACCCACGCUCUCCGCCUCCGACCUCCGGGAAACCGCCUACGAGAUUUUCGUCGCCGCCUGCCGCACUUCCUCCGGCAAGCCCCUCACCUUCGUUCCCAGCUCCUCCUCCGCCGGAGGAGAAAGAUCAAAUUCUCCGUCGCCAUCGCUGUCGUCGCUCUCGAGCUCCCCGUCGAUGCAGCAGAGAUCUCUCACCUCGACGGCCGCCAGCAAGAUGAAGAAGGCGUUGGGGCUCCGAUCCAGCGGCUCGGGAUCUCUGAAGAGGAGCGGCGAGGGGAGCCCGACCACGUCGGUCGGGUCGGGAGGAGGAGGGGGGAGAGGGAAUAAGAGGGCGCCGGUGACUGUGGGUGAGCUGAUGAGGGUUCAAAUGAGGGUUUCUGAGACUGUGGAUUCCAGGAUUCGGAGGGCUCUACUCAGGAUUGCUGCUGGCCAGGUUGGAAGGAGAAUUGAGUCAAUGGUUCUUCCACUUGAGCUACUACAGCAGUUCAAAUCAUCAGAUUUUACUGAUCAAGAAGAAUAUGAAGCAUGGCAGAAGAGAAACCUGAAAAUUCUUGAGGCUGGGCUCCUAUUACAUCCUCACGUGAUGCCAGAAAAGUCCAAUACCACCUUGCAACGGCUUUGGCAAAUCAUUCAUGGGGCCUUGGAUAGGCCCCUAGAAACAGGGAGGAACAAUGAGUCGAUGCAAAUCCUUCGCAAUGCUGUAAUGUCCCUUGCUUCCAGAUCAUCUGAUGGAUCUCUUGCGGAGUCAUGCCAUUGGGCAGAUGGGUCCCCACUGAAUCUCCGACUCUAUGAAAUUCUUCUAGAAGCCUUAUUUGACAAUAACGAUGAAACUUCCAUCAUAGAGGAAGUUGAUGAGCUUAUGGAACUCAUAAAGAAAACUUGGGCAAUACUUGGAAUAAAUCAGAUGCUCCAUAACCUUUGCUUUACAUGGGUUCUAUUCAACCGUUUUGUUGUGACUGGUCAAGUAGAAAAUGACCUAUUGUAUGCUGCUGAUAGUCAACUAGCUGAAGUUGCAAAAGAUGCAAAGACAUCAAAAGAUCCAGCAUUCGCUAAGAUCUUGAAUUCUACAUUGAGUUCAAUAUUAAGUUGGGCAGAGAAAAGGCUCCUUGCAUAUCAUGACACUUUCGACGCGGGGAAUAUUGAUACAAUGCAGAGCAUCGUCUCUCUGGGGGUUUCAGCAGCAAAAAUCUUGGUCGAAGAUAUAUCUAAUGAAUAUCGAAGGAAGAGGAAGGGUGAAGUUGAUGUGGCUCGCAACAGGAUUGACACUUAUAUCAGGUCAUCGAUUCGUACUGCUUUUGCCCAGAGAAUGGAGAAGGCAGAUUCAAGCAGGAGAUCAUCAAGAAACCAGCCAAAUCCUCUCCCUGUCCUUGCCAUUCUUGCCAAGGAUGUCGGUGAGCUGGCAACUAAUGAAAAACAGGUAUUCAGUCCCAUACUGAAAUUGUGGCAUCCUUUUGCUGCAGGGGUGGCUGUUGCCACCCUUCAUGCUUGCUACGGGAAUGAGCUGAAGCAAUUUGUUUCGGGUAUAACGGAGUUGACACCAGAUGCUGUACAAGUGUUGAGAGCUGCAGACAAGUUAGAGAAAGAUCUAGUCCAAAUCGCAGUUGAAGAUUCAGUAGAUAGUGAUGAUGGAGGCAAGGCAAUAAUACGUGAGAUGCCUCCUUUUGAGGCUGAAGCUGCAAUAGCCAAUCUGGUUAAAGUUUGGAUCAAGACAAGAGUGGACAGACUGAAGGAGUGGGUUGACAGGAAUCUCCAACAAGAGGUAUGGAAUCCACAAGCAAUUCAAGAAGGGUAUGCUCCGUCUGCUGUUGAUGUCUUGCGAAUGGUAGAUGAAACCUUGGAUGCAUACUUCCAGCUUCCGAUACCAAUGCAUCCGGCAUUGCUUCCUGACUUGAUGGCUGGCCUUGACAGAUGCCUUCAGUAUUACAUAACCAAGGCAAAAUCUGGCUGCGGAUCAAGGAACACAUUUGUUCCAACAAUGCCUGCAUUAACCAGAUGUACAGUAGGAACCAAAUUCCAGGGUGUUUGGAAGAAGAAAGAAAAGGCUGUGAACUCGCAGAGGAGGAAUUCUCAGGUUGCAACAAUGAAUGGAGACAAUUCCUUUGGUAUCCCCCAGCUAUGUGUUCGUAUAAACACAUUGCACCGAAUACGUACAGACUUUGAAUCCGUGGAGAAGAGAAUAAUCAUCCAUUUGAGGAACUCCGAAUCCGCUCAAGCGGAAGACUUCUCAAAUGGGUUGGGGAAAAAAUUCGAGCUAGCACCAGCAGCCUGUUUGGAAGGCGUGCAACAAAUCUCUGAGGCUGUUGCUUACAAAAUCAUCUUCCACGAUUUGAGUCAUGUGCUUUGGGAUGGAUUGUAUGUGGGUGAACCAUCUUCUUCUAGAAUUGAACCUUUCCUUUUAGCGCUUGAGCAGGUUUUGACAGUCGUAUCCGACACGGUGCACGAAAGGGUUCGCACAAGGGUCAUUGCUGAUGUCAUGAAAGCUUCCUUUGAUGGGUUCUUGUUGGUUUUGCUUGCGGGGGGCCCGUCUCGCGCUUUUGCGCAGCAAGACUCACAAAUAAUAGAGGAUGAUUUCAAGUCACUUAAGGAUCUAUUUUGGGCAAAUGGGGAUGGACUCCCAACCGAUUUGAUUAACAAAUUCUCAAAUACAGCUAGGGAAGUGCUUCCGCUUUUCCGUACUGAGACAGAGAGCCUCAUUGAGCGAUUUAGGCGCUUGACUUUGGAAACUUAUGGCUCUUCCGCCAAAUCCAGACUCCCUCUGCCACCAACCUCCGGGCAGUGGAGUCCAACUGAGCCAAACACGCUACUUCGAGUCUUGUGUUAUCGGAACGAUGAAGCUGCUUCUAAGUUCCUCAAGAAGGCUUACAACUUGCCUAAGAAACUUUAAUGAGCUUUGAUAUUACAACUUGCUAAAUGCUGUCCUGGGAAGGGUCUUUCCUAGAAUUGCUUUGGCUGAUAUGCUCCUAGUGCCUUGUUUGGAUGUAAAAGCCAAAGGGAAGGCAGGGUGGCAUAUUCUUGUACAGUGUAUUCUGGGGUCUGUUGGGGUGUCAUUUCCAGCCAGCAGUUCACAAAAUGUUCUCAUUUGGAUGAUUCCAAACGCUAUCUAAGGGAAAGUUUGGUGGAGAUCACUAUCCGUUAUCGCUUUCAUCGAGUAUUAAAUCGAGGUUGAUUCUAUUUGUAUUUGUUUGUGUUGCAUUAUCAUUUAUUUAUCUGGUCUUGCAAGGCUCUUGAUUUUCUGUGUGUUCUUUACUCGUUUUUAUUUUCUGGGCUUGUUAUUCAGGGCGUUCCUUGCUAUCAGAUGGAGGUGUUUAUAUUACUUCGGUUAUAUUAUUGUUAGCAUGUAUUAUAGGUAGGCUUUUGUUCAUUGAAUUGAGCUCUUUUUGUGUGAAUUUCUUAGCUGAUGAUAUUAAUGGUUACUUUUUCGUUCA